CCUGGCUCUUGCUGACGGAGGCCACUGGGGCACCCCGUGGGCCAGGUCCUGUGCCAGGCCUGGUCUGGCUGGGCUCUUGGGGUCUUUUGGCACCUGUCCCAUGUCCUGGGAGUGCCGGGGCCCUCAACAUUCUGAAAUGUUGAACGUCAGGGAGAAGAAACUUGUUCCCAGCCAAGUGGCAGGAGUGAGGCUGUGGCCAGGUCACGGGGUCUUCUCCCUCCAAAUGGGGUCCUCUCCCAGGCCCCCCUGUGCCUCAGGAAGGACUCCCUGGUUCUGGUCUCCUCUCCUGUCCCAGAGCCCUGGAAGCCCCCCACCUGUCCUGGUGCCCCACGGUCAGCAGCAGGACCGUCGCUAUGUAAAUGUCUGUGCAAAUGUCCUGGGUCUAGCCUCCGGCUCCUCAGGGAGGCAGAGCCUCCUCCGGACACCGUCACUUCAGGGCCAUGGGGCGCCCGCGGAGGACGUUCCCCUCCCUAAUCCUCUUGCUGCAGGUCCUGGCCGGGCCGACCCGGGCCAGCGAGAACUCCGAGUUCUCUCUGGCUGGGGACUACCUGCUGGGUGGCCUCUUCACCCUCCAUGCCAACAUGAAGGGCCCUGCCCACCUCGACGUCCUGCAGGUGCCCAAGUGCAAGGAGUACGACCUGAAGGUGCUGGGCUACAACCUGAUGCAGGCCAUGCGCUUCGCGGUGGAGGAGAUCAACAACCACAGCAGCCUGCUGCCCGGCCUGCUGCUGGGCUACGAGAUAGUGGACAUCUGCUACCUCUCCAACAACGUGCAGCCCGUGCUCUACUUCCUGGCGCAGGAGGACUACUUCCUGCCCAUCCUCGAGGACUACAGCAACUACGUGCCCCGCGUGGUGGCUGUCAUUGGCCCUGACAACUCCGAGUCCACCAAGACGGUGGCCAACUUCCUCUCCCUCUUUCUCCUUCCACAGAUCACCUACAGCGCCAUCUCUGACCAGUUCCGUGACAAGCAGCGCUACCCGGCCAUGCUGCGCACGGUGCCCAGCGCCAGCCACCACAUCGAAGCCAUGGUGCAGCUGAUGCUCCACUUUGGCUGGAACUGGAUCGUGGUGCUGGUGAGCAACGACGACUACGGCCGGGACAACAGCCAGCGGCUGGGCGACCGGCUGGCAGAGGGCAACGACAUCUGCAUCGCCUUCCAGGAGGUGCUGCCCAUGCCCGAGCCCGACCAGACGCUGACGCCCGACCAGCGGGCGCACCUGAGCCGCAUCCUGCUCAAGCUGCAGCAGACCACGGCGCGCGUGGUGGUGGUCUUCUCCCCCGAGCUGGCCCUGCACGUCUUCUUCGACCAGGUGCUGCGCUGGAACAUCACCGGCACCGUGUGGAUCGCCUCCGAGUCCUGGGCCAUCGACCCCGUCCUGUACAACCUCACCGAGCUGCGCCACACGGGCACCUUCCUGGGUAUCACCACCCAGAAGGUGCCCAUGCUGGGCUUCAGUGAGUUCCGCGUGCGCCGCGCUCAGGACGGACCGCCGCCCCCCAACAGGACCAGCUCGUGGGCCACCUGCAACCAGGAGUGUGACGCCUGCUUGAACAUCACCGAGUCCUUCAACACCAUCCUCACCAGCUCCGGGGAGCGCGUGGUCUACAGCGUGUACUCGGCCGUCUACGCCGUGGCCCACGCCCUGCACAGCCUCCUGGGCUGCACCCAGACCCACUGUGCCAAGGAGGUGGUCUACCCCUGGCGGCUACUCGAGAAGAUCUGGAAGGUCAACUUCACCCUCCUGGGCAACCAGAUCUUCUUUGACCAGCAAGGGGACGUGCCCAUGCGCCUGGAAGUCAUCCAGUGGCGGUGGGAUCUGCCACUGAACCCCUUCCCGAGCGUCGCCUCCUACUACCCCUCGGAGCGGCGGCUCAGGAACAUCCACAACAUCUCCUGGCACGCCCACAACAACACGGUGCCCACGUCCAUGUGCUCUAAGAACUGUGAGCUGGGGCAGAGGAAGAGGCCGGUGGGCAUCCACCCCUGCUGCUUCGAGUGCAUCGACUGCUCCCCGGGCACCUUCCGCAACCAGACCUCAGAUGAGUAUGUGUGCCAGCCCUGCCCGAGCUCCACGUGGUCCCACAGGAAAGACACCUCCUGCUUCCAGCGGCGGCUGGCCUUCCUCGAGUGGCACGAGGCGCCCACCAUCUUCGUGGCCCUGCUGGCCGCCCUGGGCUUCCUCAGCACGCUGGCCACCCUGGUCAUAUUCUGGUGGCACUUCCCGACGCCCAUGGUGCGCUCGGCCGGGGGCCCCAUGUGCUUCCUGAUGCUGGGGCCGCUGCUGCUGGCCUACGCCAUGACGUGGGUGUACGUGGGGCCGCCCUCGGUCUUCCGGUGCCUGUGCCGCCAGGCCUUCUUCACCCUCUGCUUCACCGUCUGCAUCUCCUGCAUCACCGCGCGCUCCUUCCAGAUCAUGUACGUCUUCAAGAUGGCCCGCCACCUCCCGCGGGCCUACGGCUUCUGGGUCCGCUACCACGGGCCCUACGCCUUCGUGGCGCUCAUGACGGCCAUCAAGAUGGCCAUCGUGGUGGGCAACAUGCUGGGCACCAGCACCAGCCCCACCGUCCGCUCCGACCCCGAGGAUCACCACGUCAUGAUCGUCUCCUGCCACCCCAACUACCGCAACGGGCUGCUCUUCAACACCAGCAUGGACCUGCUGCUGUCCGUGGUGGGCUUCACCUUCGCCUACCUGGGCAAGGAGCUGCCCACCAACUACAACGAGGCCCGGUUCAUCACCCUCAGCAUGACCUUCUCCUUCACCUCCUCCGUCUCCCUCUGCACCUUCAUGUCGGUGCACGACGGCGUGCUGGUCACCAUCAUGGACGUCUUGGUCACGGUGCUCAACUUCCUGGCCAUCACCCUGGGGUACUUCGGCCCCAAGUGCUACCUGAUCCUCUUCUACCCCGAGCGCAACACCGCAGCCUACUUCAACAGCAUGAUCCAGGGCUACACCAUGAGGAAGGACUAGCCCUGCCGCUGGGUCUGCCGUGAGGAGACGGGGCCAGGGGAGACGGGGUCAGGGUCUCAGAAGGACACGUGGCCGUCACUUGGCAUCCCUCUGGGGUUCUCUGCAGCCUGGCCGUGCUUACCCACUUGGGGACGGAUGCCUAAAAAUGUCCACACUUUGUCCCUUCCCCUUGAGCUGUUUCAUUUGUCAGGCGCUGCCACUUGCUUCUAGUAGACAUGACCCAAGGUGACCUAUGGGUCUCCAAGGACAAAGUCUGAUUUAGCGGCUCACUGCCGCCACCUGGUGGUCGCCUUGGGCACCCGCAGGCUCCGGCCCCUUGCCCUCAGUCAUGUGGAGGCUGAGCUUCCCGUGCUGGUGGGGGCUGGGGUGGUGCGAGCCCCCACGUGCUGCCUGGCGUCAAUCCCUUUCCCAAAGAGCCCAGACCGGGCCUCCAUGUUCUAGGUGACGGCUGGGCACAGAGGGUGCUUCAUAUUG